AUGAGUUACGCCACCUCACCAGCGCACACUGUGUUCGUGGUGCUCACGAUCAUCUCGUCGGUCUUCGUCCGAUUAUCGCCGUUCCCAGACUUCUACCGAAUCUACAAACGCAAAGACACUGGCGAAGUCGCCGUACUGCCCGUCGUUCUUCUCGGGAUGAACUGCUGCCUGCUCACGAUCUACGGCUACCUGGUCAACAACAUCUUCCCACUGUUCUUCGUCGCGGUUCUUGGGGUUGUCACGUCCAGUGUGUUCAUCGGCAUCUUCUACAAGUUCACUCCAGAUCGCGCUUCCGUCCGCCGAGUGUGUGCAGCCAAUUUGCUCAUCGUGAUACUGGUGGUCGUUUACACCCUUGUCGCUUCGACGUCCGUCACACACCAAUCUCGACACGGAGUGAACCCGACCGUCGGGUGGGCCACAAUUGCUGGCUCUAUCGCGAUGUUUGGGUCACCGCUCACAACUGUCAAGAAGGUCGUGCAAACCAAGUCCGCGGCGUCGUUGCCCUUCACCAUGUGCGUUACCUACGCCGUCAACUGUCUACUGUGGGUCGUGCUGUGCCUCCUCGCCCCGGACAAGUUUGUGAUGAUCCCCAAUGCCGCCGGCGCCGCGCUGGGUAUUGUGCAGGUGAUUUUAUGCUUCAUCUAUCGCCCCAAGAAGUCUCACUCGGUGCAAGCAGUUAGCGCCGACGUUGGAGACCUGGAAAUACAGCCGCAGAGUCAAAACCACCACAAGCUUGGUUCAGACUUCGUGGCUUUCCAUUCUCCGACAAUUUAG